AUGAUUGCCUCCAGAUUGUCCAGAGCUCUCCCACGCUCGACUCCCAUCUCCCGCAUCUCCCAGAUCCGAGCACCCCGUUCGUCAAUACUCUCCAGAUAUGCCUCUUCCGAUGCUUCUGAGAGUUCCGAAAAGGUCAAGGGCCAAGUCAUUGGUAUUGACUUGGGCACGACAAACUCCGCCGUCGCCGUGAUGGAAGGCAAACAACCUCGCAUAAUUGAAAACGCCGAAGGUACCCGAACUACACCGUCCGUCGUUGCUUUCACCGAGAGCGGCGAGCGUCUGGUCGGUAUUGCCGCCAAACGACAAGCUGUCGUCAACCCCGAAAACACCCUGUUCGCUACGAAGCGACUUAUCGGCCGAAAAUUCACAGACCCUGAAUGCCAACGUGACCUCAAAGAGGUUCCAUACAAGAUUGUCCAGCAUACCAACGGUGAUGCUUGGUUGGAGGCUCGUGGUCAGCGAUACUCGCCAUCGCAAAUCGGUGGUAUGAUCUUGGCCAAGAUGAAGGAGACCGCGGAAGCCUAUCUGGGCAAGCCUGUUAAGAACGGUGUCGUCACUGUGCCCGCGUAUUUCAACGAUAUGCAGCGACAGGCCACCAAGGACGCUGGUCAGAUCGCAGGUCUGAACGUCCUGCGAGUGGUCAACGAACCUACUGCGGCAGCUCUCGCCUACGGUCUCGAGAAGGAAGAGGACCGCGUGAUUGCAGUCUACGAUCUCGGUGGUGGUACUUUCGAUAUCUCUGUCCUUGAGAUCCAAAAGGGUGUCUUCGAGGUCAAGUCAACCAACGGUGAUACCCACUUGGGUGGUGAGGACUUCGAUAUCUCGCUUGUUCGCCACCUUGUCCAACAAUUCAAGAAGGAGUCUGGUAUCGACCUGUCCAACGACCGUAUGGCCAUCCAACGUAUCCGUGAGGCCGCCGAGAAGGCCAAGAUUGAGCUGUCUUCCUCGCUCCAGACCGACAUCAACCUGCCCUUCAUCACCGCCGACGCCUCAGGUCCAAAGCAUAUCAACCAGAAGAUGACUCGUGCUCAGCUCGAGAAGCUGGUGGAGCCACUCAUCUCACGGACGAUUGAACCUGUCCGGAAGGCUUUGAAGGAUGCCAACCUCCAGGCCAAGGACAUCCAGGAGGUUAUCCUGGUCGGUGGUAUGACCCGUAUGCCCAAGGUCAUGGAAUCGGUCAAGAGCAUCUUCGGCCGUGACCCUGCCAAAUCUGUGAACCCGGAUGAGGCUGUCGCUAUCGGUGCUGCUAUCCAGGGAGCUGUCCUGGCUGGUGAGGUGACAGAUGUUUUGUUGUUGGACGUUACGCCCCUGUCUCUCGGUAUCGAGACCCUUGGUGGUGUCUUUACCCGCUUGAUCAACCGAAACACCACCAUCCCAACCAAGAAGUCGCAGAUCUUCUCGACUGCCGCCGACUUCCAGACGGCUGUAGAGAUCAAGGUCUACCAGGGUGAGCGUGAGCUUGUCCGUGACAACAAGCUGUUGGGCAACUUCCAGCUGGUCGGCAUCCCUCCGGCCCACCGAGGUGUCCCCCAAAUCGAGGUCACCUUUGAUAUUGAUGCCGACUCGAUUGUGCACGUGAGUGCCAAGGACAAGUCGACCGGCAAGGAUCAAUCCAUCACGAUUGCUUCUGGCUCUGGUCUGUCUGACUCGGAGAUCGAGAACAUGGUUAGCGACGCCGAGAAGUACUCGGACCAAGACAAGGAGCGCAAGGCUGCCAUCGAGGCCGCCAACCGAGCUGACAGCGUCUUGAACGACACCGAGAAGGCGCUCAACGAGUUCGAAGACAAGCUCGACAAGACUGAAGCUGAUGCUAUCAAGGAGAAGAUUGCAUCGCUCCGCGAAUACGUUGCCAAGAACCAGACUGGUGAAGGCAACGCGACUGCGGAAGAGAUGAAGGCCAAGAUCGAUGAGCUUCAGACUACUGCCCUCACGCUGUUCGACAAGAUGCACAAGGCCCGCGAGCAGGCGCAAACACCGCCGGGUGGUGAAGCCGGUUCGCAAGGUGGCGAGCAGAAGCCUUAA